GAGAACUUCAGUCAGAGUCACACUCGCCUUCGAAUCGGCGACACAUCGCAGCUCUCUCUCGUGCCGGCGUUCCUCCUGUGUUUACCUCCCUCCUCCUCCUCCUCCUCGAGUUGCGGGCCAGUGCAAGUUUUCGUGCGAUCAUAAGAAUCCAGCGAGUGCGAGAGAGCAAGAGACGCGGCUAUCGCGAGAGGAACUGGGAUCAGCAGCAAGGUGGCGCCUGCGAGCGAUUGAACCCGGCUAGCAGUGAGCCCGAGAGAGCGAGCCCGGCCAGCGAGGAGCAGCAGCGGCGGCAGCGGCGGCAGCGGCAGCAGCUUGAGCAGGAGAGCCGCGGUGCGCGCGCAAUCCCCCACCUAAAAGGACUCUCUCGCACACUCGUACAGACGUGCGUGCAAUACCUGCGAUAAAAUGAAUGAGCACGAUAAGUCAGUGAAUCCCGAGGAGGAGGCCGAGAUGGUCGAGCGCGAGUUGGCGGAGGACGCCGAGUGGAAGCGUAUCCAGCAGAACACCUUCACGAGAUGGGCCAACGAGCACUUGCGCAUGGCGAACGACCACAUCGCCGACCUCGAGUGCGACCUCAGCGACGGCCUCAGGCUCAUCUCCCUGAUCGAGGUGCUCGCCUCUCGCAGACUGCCCAAGCACAACAAGAAGCCGACUUUCCGCUCGCAGAAACUCGAAAACGUCUCUGUCGCGCUCAAGUUCCUCGAGCAGCAAGGCAUUCGCAUUGUCAACAUUGACUCUUCGGACAUCGUCGACUGCAAGCUGAAGCUGAUACUCGGUCUAAUAUGGACGCUCAUUCUGCACUACUCGAUCUCGAUGCCGAUGUGGGAGGGCGACGACUUCGGGCCGCCCGACAAAAAUGCCACGCCGAAGCAACGCCUGAUGAACUGGAUCAAGUCCAAGGUGCCGGACAUGCCGAUCAACAAUUUCACCUCGGACUGGAACGACGGGCGCGCCGUCGGCGCACUCGUGGACGCAAUUGCACCUGGCUUGUGUCCCGACUGGCAGUCGUGGGAUCCCAAGGAUGCCGCGCAAAACGCUGCCGAAGCCAUGGGCUUGGCCGACGACUGGCUCAAUAUUCCUCAGCUUAUCAAACCGGAAGAGAUGGUCAAUCCGAACAUCGACGAGAUGUCAAUGAUGACGUACCUGUCGCAAUUCCCUAACGCCAAAUUGAAGCCCGGCGCGCCAAUCCGUCCACGAACGAACCCCAACAGCGUGCCGCCACCGCGUGUACGAGCUUACGGUCCAGGUAUCGAGCCAACUGGCCCAAUUAUAGAGGCACCCGCCAACUUUUACGUGGAGACCUUCUCCGCCGGCAAAGGAAACGUCGAGGUCAGCGUCGAAGAUCCCAAGGGAAUUAAGUUGCCGGUUGACAUUCGCUUCAACAAUGACCGCAAUCUCACGUACUCAGUGUCUUACACGCCGAAGAACGAGGGAAUGCACAAAGUGCGUGUGCGUUUCGCGGGUCGCGAGAUCCCGAAGAGUCCUUACUCAGUUAUGGUCGAAGGCCAUGCCGGCGAUCCAACAAAAGUCACCGCGAGUGGUCCAGGCUUAUUACCCGAUGGCGUAGUCAUCAACAGGCCAACUUACUUCGACAUCUUUACCAAGGAUGCCGGCCGCGGAGUGCCCGAAGUCAUCGUUCUCGAUCCUCAGGGCAACAAGACCACCGUGCCGGUGAAGCUACGCCAGACUUCGCCGGACGUCUGGCGCUGCGAGUACGUUUCGCCAGUGGUCGGUUUGCACUCGGUGAACAUCUUCUUCGCCGGCAAACUCAUACCCAAGAGUCCGAUGGGCGUGCGCGUGGCGCCGGUGUCCGACGCGAAGAAGUGCAAGGCCUUCGGCCGCGGUUUGCUGGCCAACGGCGUGCGCGUCAAGGACGAUGCCGACUUUGUGAUCACCACCAAGGACGCCGGCGAAGGCGUGGCCGAUGUCAGGAUCAUUGCGCCUGGCGGCGUUAAUCUGCCCGCGCAAUUAACAAAAGUCGACGACACAACCUACGAAUGCCACUACUUCCCAGUGAAAGACGGUCGUCACGUAGUAAUGGUGACCUACGGCGGCAAGGAAAUUCCGAAAUCUCCAUUCGAAGUGAACGUUGGACCAUACAAAGAAUCAGCCAUCCGUGUCUUUGGUCCUGGUCUAUACGGAGGUAUAGUUGGCCAUCCAGCUCGUUUCACUGUCGACACUAACGGCGAAACUGGAGCUUUGGGUUUCUCCAUCGAAGGCCCAUCCAAAGCUAAAAUCGACUGCGUUGACAAUGGCGAUGGCACUGCUGACGUUUCCUACUUACCGACUGCACCGGGACCUUACGCUGUACACAUCCUCUGCGAUAACGAGGACAUUCCAAAGUCGCCGUAUAUUGCUAAAAUUGUACCCCAGAGCAAUUUCCACCCCGACAAGGUGGAAGUGCACGGACCUGGUAUCCAACCGGAUGGAGUAAAGAGCGACAAGCCAACGAACUUUACGAUCGAUGUGAGGAAAGCCGGCCAAGCUCCACUCGAAGUUGCCAUCAAAGAUGCAUUCGGUAGAGAUGUACCUGUCAAGCUCGAUGACAAACGGGAUGGAACGAUACAAGCCCAUUACAAGCCAACUUCCGGCUCACAGCAUGUCGUCAUGGUAAAUUACGGAGGAGUCGCCACGAAGAAGUCACCCUACCGUGUGAAGGUCGAAGCACCAUUAAAUCCAUCAUUGGUUAAAGCUUAUGGUCCAGGACUCGACAAACCGGUCAAGACCAAUACACCGACUCACUUCAAUGUGAAUUGUCGAGAAGCCGGUCCCGGUGAUCUCCAGGUAGACAUGAAGACACCCGACAAUCAUGAUUUACCGAUCCAACUAAUUGACAACGAGGAUGGCACUUAUACUGUCGACUACAUUGCACCCGAGCCAGGAACUUACACCGUCAAUCUCAAUUACGGAGGCUUGAAAGUACCACACAGCCCGCUCAAAGUUAAUGUCCAACCGCACGUCGAUGUUUCGAAAGUCAAAGUCACCAAUCUAUCGCCCAAUGCGUGCUUGUACCAGCCUACCGAGUUCACGAUCGAUACUCGCGCGGUGCCAAAGGUGAAGGGCGAGCCGGAGCGCAUCUUCGUUGGAAUUAACAAUUCAUCUGGCACAAACACUGAGAAAGUAAUCACACCACACGCGGACGGCACUUAUCGCGUCAAUUACACACCGAUCGUCGACGGCAAGCAUAACAUCGAAGUGCUGUACGAUAAUAUCCCGGUGCCGGGAUCACCGUUCAAUGUCGAUGUCGUAAAAGUCAGCAAUCCCAAAAAGUGCCACGCAUUCGGGCCUGGACUUCAGAGGGCUAUCGUGGAUAAGGCCAAUUACUUUACUGUUGUAACUAAAGAGGCUGGAACGGGUGGUCUUGGUCUAGCCAUCGAAGGACCAAGUGAAUCCGUGGUAACCUGCAAAGACAACUGCGACGGGACAUGCAGCGUUGAAUACGUGCCAUACGCAGUUGGCGAUUAUGACAUCAGCAUUAGGUUCGCUGAUCAGCAUAUUCCCGGUUCGCCAUUCAGAGUUACGGCUGAAAAGCCUAACGAUAGCAAGGUGACUGCCCAUGGUCCGGGAAUCCAACCGCAGAUGGUGCACGAAGGUGUUCCAGCAACCUUCACCGUAGACUCCACCAAGGUAUCAAAUGCUCAACUCGAGGUCAAAGUGAAGACUGAUCGAGGUUCAAUUGGCAAGCCCGAAAUCAAGAGAAUCCGCGAUGGUAUUCACGAAAUCACCUACAUGCCAUCUCAAGCUGGUAGCACUUGUCAAGUAGAUGUGAAUUAUGGCGGACAACCUAUCCAGGGCAGUCCGUUCAAGGUCAAAGUUGAACCCAGUUGUGCGGCUAACAACGUGGUGCUUUCGGGUCCUGGAGUGUCGCCUGUUACGACUGCCUCGUUCCCUGCUGACUUUGUCAUCGAUGCUUCCAAAGCUGGGAACGGCGACUUGGAAGUGCAAGUGUUGGGUCCCGAUCAAACGCCACGCAAGGUGGGCAUUCAAAAAAUUGGCGACGGCAAGUACAAGGCGACUUACUUGCCGGACGACUGCGGUCGAUACAAAGUCAACGUGAAGUACGGCGGCAAGGAGGUGCCCGGCAGUCCAGUCAACGUGCAGAGCGUAUCAACCGGUAAAGCCGACGAGUGCAAGAUCAAGGAGGGCGUGCAGCGCACCCUCGCUCAGGGCGAAGAGUACUGCAUUACCGUCGAUACGCAGAACGCCGGCCGCGGUGCCGUUACCUGCCGCAUACGCUCUACCUCCGGAAGCGAGGACGUCGACAUCGACAUACAAGACAACGCGGAUGGAACGGUAGACAUAUUCUAUACGGUGGAAGACGCCGGCGACUACACGCUGAGCAUCAAGUUUGGUGGUCAACCUGUCCCGAACGGACUCUACACCUUCAAGGCAUCCGAAGAGUACAGGUCAACCAGCAAAACUCACAAGACACGCCGCGGCCGUCGUAGCAACAAGGAGCACAUAGUCGAGGAGCACAGCACCAGCAUCCAAGAGAGUUACACCAAGCGUAGCACCACUAGCAGCAAACAAAAGUUCAACGUCAUCCAUCUCAAUAGUAUCCCAGUACCACCAGUCAGCGGCGGCAAAUUCGCAUCGGAAGUAAAGAUGCCCAGCGGCAACGUAGACAAGCCCGUGAUCGAGGACAAUCAUGACGGCACGGUAUCCAUCAAGUACGAUCCCAAAGAGGAAGGGCUGCACGAGGUCUACGUCAAGUACAACGGCGAGCACGUCCAAGGCUCGCCGUUCAAGUUCCACGUGGAUUCGCUAUCAAGCGGCCACGUGACGGCCUACGGUCCGGGCCUGAUUUACGGCGUAUGCGGCGAGCCGGCAAACUUUACAAUCUCAACGAAAGGUGCCGGCGCCGGUGGGCUGUCGCUCGCGGUCGAAGGACCGAGUAAAGCCGAUAUCUCGUGCCAUGAUAAUAAAGAUGGCACCGUGUCGGUAUCGUAUUUACCAACGGCGCCUGGUGAAUACAAGAUCAGCGUCAAGUUUGGCGACAAGCACAUCAAAGGCAGCCCUUACCAAGCCAAGAUAACCGGCGAGGGCCGCAAGCGCAACCAAAUCUCGGUGGGCUCCUCCUCGGAGGUGCAGCUGCCGGGCAAGGUGAGCGACGCGGACAUUCGCUCGCUGAACGCCUCGAUCAUAGCACCGAGUGGCCUCGAGGAGCCGUGCUUCCUGAAGAAGAUGCCCAGUGGCAAUAUCUGCGUGUCGUUCACACCGCGCGAGGCUGGCGCUCACGAGGUGUCGGUGAAGAAGAUGGGCCACGACAUCGCCAACUCGCCGUUCAAGAUCGACGUGAAGCAGCGCGAGGUCGGCGACGCUAAGAAGGUGAAAGUGUCGGGACCGGCGCUCAAAGAGGGCCGCACUCACGCCGACAAUACUUUCCUGAUCGACACGCGCAACGCCGGCUACGGCGGUCUGUCGCUGUCCAUCGAGGGCCCGAGCAAAGCCGAAAUUCAGUGCAAGGAUAACGACGACAGCACGCUCAGCAUCUCGUACAAGCCUACCGAGCCGGGCUACUACAUCAUGAACCUCAAGUUCGCCGAUCAUCACGUCGAGGGCUCGCCGUUCACGGUCAAGGUGUCCGGCGAGGGGAGCAACCGCCAGCGCGAGAAGAUCCAGCGACGCCGUGAAGCUGUGCCAAUUACCGAAGUCGGUAGCCAGUGCAAGCUCACCUUCAAGAUGCCGGGCAUCACGUCGUUCGAUCUUGCCGCUCAGGUCACGUCGCCGGGCGGCAUCACCGAGGACGCCGAGGUCAAGGAGGUCGAAGACGGACUCUACGCGGUCGCUUUCGUGCCCAAGGAGCUAGGAGUGCACACCGUGUCGGUGCGCUACAAGGACAUCCACAUCCCGGGCUCGCCGUUCCAAUUCACGGUCGGCCCGCUGAGGGACGGCGGCGCGCACAGAGUGCACGCGGGCGGCCCAGGCCUGGAGCGUGGCGAGCAAGGCGAGCCCUGCGAGUUCAACAUCUGGACGCGAGAGGCCGGAGCCGGCACGCUGGCCGUGUCGGUGGAGGGCCCGAGCAGGGCUCAAAUCGACUUCAAGGACCGCAAGGACGGUAGCUGCUACGUCAGCUACACCGUGACCGAGCCCGGCGAGUACAGGGUAGGAAUAAAGUUCAACGACCAGCACAUCCCGGACUCGCCGCACAAGGUGUACAUCGCCCCGGCGAUGGGCGACGCGCACAAGCUCGAGGUCGCGCAGUUCCCCGACGGCGGCGUGCAGCAGGACAAACCUUACACAUUCCUCGUUCGCAAGAACGGCGCUUCCGGCGAGCUCGACGGCAAGAUCGUGUCACCAAGCGGCAUCGAGGACGACUGCUUCAUCCAGUCGAUAGACUCGGAGGAGUACUCGGUACGCUUCAUGGCUCGCGAGAAUGGCAUUCACAACAUCUACCUGAAAUUCAAUGGGGUGCACAUCAACGGGAGUCCCUUCCGCGUGAAGGUCGGUAAAGUGGACGCCGACCCGGCGGCCAUCCACGUCCACGGCAACGGCAUCGAGAAAGUGAAGACCGGCCAGAAGGCCGACUUUAUCAUCGACACGUGCAACUCGGGCGCUGGCGCUCUGGGUGUGACGAUCGAUGGGCCGAGUCGCGUUGCCAUGGACUGCACCGAGGUCGAGGAAGGCUACAAGGUCAGGUACACGCCACUCGUGCCCGGUGAUUAUUACAUCAGCAUCAAGUACAACGGUUGUCACAUUGUCGGAUCGCCCUUCAAAGUCACCGCCACCGGCAAAGACUUGGCUGAGCGAGGAUCGCAGGAGACGAGCUCGAUCGUCGUGGAAACAGUGCAGAAGUUCGCCAAGGCCAAGCAGAUGGGCCCCGUGCUGCCGCACUUCAAGUCCAACGCCAGUAAAGUCACGAGCAAGGGUAUGGGUCUGAAGAAGGCUUAUAUCGGCAAAACCAAUCAGUUUACCGUUUGCGCCAGCGACGCAGGCAACAAUAUCCUGUUCGUCGGCUUGCACGGACCGAAAGGUCCGGUGGAGGAAGUGCUGGUUAAGCACACGGGCCGCAACAACUACAAUGUGAAUUACGUGGUGCGUGAACGGGGCGAGUACAUCGUCCUCGUCAAGUGGGGCGACGAUCACAUUCCUGGCUCGCCCUUCAAAGUCGACGUCUAGAUCCAGCGACAUCUCGCUCGCUCAUCUCGCGGACAAAUUAACAACAAAUCAUCACUCACCUCGACUUUUUUUUUUGAACAAAAGAAAAAGAACGAACGAAGUACGAGUCGACGCCGCCGAAACCCGGCGCCGAUGAUCUGUGUGUUUUCGUUUUACCUUUAUUACCUUGAUCUUCAUUUUAUCUCUACUCUUUUUUUCUGUUCGUUUCUUUUAACGUGUAAUUAUUAUUAUUAUAUACAUAUGUAUGAUGUGUACAGGACAAAUGUCGGCGGCCCUCAAGGAGAGUCAAUUUUUGUCGUUUUAUUAUUAUAAUAUAUACAUAUAUUUUAUCCGCGAUAGUCCUCGUGUGCACAGGCGAGGAAUGACGUAUUUUAAUCUCCAAUGGUGCCUUAUAUAUACGGUUUUUAAUAAAGAAAAAAAACAGAGAAGGGGGUGAGAUGGAUAAUCAAAAAUAAAGAAUGAUAAAAGCAACGUCACUGUUCAACACGCGAAGGCCAUAUUAAAUAUAGUUUUCUUAAGAGCAAUCAAUGACACACCUAAUCAUUUUAUUGGAUGAUGAUGAUGAUGAUGAUGAUGAUGAUGAUGAUGAUAAUCCACGCAUUAUAUAGAUUAUAAAUAUACAUCGCAUAUUGUUUAUGAUAUAUGAUUAUAUAGGAAAUAAAGCUAAUAUAUUUAUUAA